GACAAAUAAAACCAACCAUUCUAUUGACGGAAAGAUUUUUUCUUGGUUUAUUUUAUUUACAUGUAACUUUAUUAAUUCUUUGCUCUUUAUUAUUUUAAAGUAAAUUUUGUUAACCUCACGAUGUUUUCUAUGUCAAAGUUAUCUGCGUUUCGAAGUUUACACCGAUGUUCAAAGCAACUUCACACGACGAUUGUCCAUUUUGAUACUCAGAAAACUGAAAAAACUAUCAAUCAAGUUACUUUAUUGGGGAGAGCUGGUGCCGAUCCUCAGAAACGGGGCACAGAAGAACAUCCAGUGAUAAACUUUCCUCUCGCUACACAUUACAGCUAUAAAUAUGAAUCAGGGGAUAUCUUACAGAGAACUGAUUGGCACAGAAUUAGUAUAUUUAAACCUGGUUUAAGAGAUACAGUGUAUAAAUAUCUGAAAAAAGGCCAAAGAGUAUAUGUUACUGGUAAACUAUCAUAUGGGGAAAUAAAACUUGAUGAUGGUCAAGUAAGAAGUGCCUCUACAGUGAUAGCAGAGGAUAUUAUCUUCUUUCAAAAUCAGCAACAUCCUGAAAAUUAAUGUGUAUCUUAGUUUAAAGUAGAAAUGUAAGAAUAAAUGUCAUUGUUGAUCAAA